AGCAGAAAAGUAAUAGGAUUUGGUAAUUGGAACAAAGCGCAGUUAGAGAGACUCAGAGCUUGAGCUUGACAAUAAUGGCUGCCGCUCCUGCUUGUCUCCAACUCAACGCUAAACCCUUCAGCUCCUUUCUCUCUCCCAACCCCAUUUCCAAACACACCCCGAAAGUGGGUAGGAUCAGUUGCUCCGCAGCCUCACCCUCUAAACGCUACUCCAUCACUUUGCUUCCCGGCGAUGGCAUUGGCCCCGAAGUCAUCUCCGUCGCCAAGAACGUCCUCAACCUCGCCGCCUCCAUCGAUGGGAUUGAGUUUAAGUAUGAAGAAGUACCUAUUGGUGGAGCUGCCUUGGAUUUGACUGGAGUUCCACUACCUGAUGAGACCCUUUUGUCAGCUAAGCAAUCCGAUGCAGUUCUUCUCGGAGCAAUUGGGGGGUACAAAUGGGAUAAGAACGAAAAGCACUUGAAACCAGAAACUGGCUUGCUUAAACUUCGCCAAGGUCUUAAAGUGUUUGCGAAUCUGAGGCCUGCAACUGUUUUGCCGCAGUUAGUGGACGCUUCAACUUUGAAGAGAGAAGUAGCUGAGGGGGUUGACCUUAUGGUUGUAAGAGAGCUCACUGGAGGUAUAUAUUUUGGAAAGCCUAGGGGUUUUGGCACCAAUGAAAAUGGCGAGGAGAUUGGCUUCAAUACAGAGGUGUAUGCUGCCUAUGAGAUUGAUCGAAUUGCUCGUGUUGCAUUUGAGACUGCUCGGAAGCGAAAGGGGAGGCUCUGCAGUGUUGACAAGGCAAAUGUGUUGGAGGCAUCAAUGUUUUGGAGGAAAAGAAUCAUGGAAAUAGCCUUGGAGUAUCCUGAUGUUGAACUCUCACACAUGUAUGUUGAUAAUGCUGCAAUGCAGCUUAUUCGUGAUCCGAAACAGUUUGAUACGAUUGUAACGAACAACAUAUUUGGCGAUAUAUUAUCUGAUGAGGCUUCAAUGAUAACUGGAAGUAUUGGGAUGCUGCCAUCUGCUAGUCUUGGGGAAUCGGGUCCUGGACUUUAUGAACCCAUACAUGGUUCUGCUCCCGAUAUUGCUGGACAGGAUAAAGCAAACCCAUUAGCGACAGUUCUCAGUGCUGCUAUGCUUUUGAAGUACGGUUUAGGUGAAGAAAAGGCUGCCAAGAGAAUUGAGGAUGCAGUUCUAGAUACUUUGAAUAGGGGGUUUCGGACUGGUGAAUAUUCCACUGGAACUAAAUUGGUAGGAUGCAAAGAAAUGGGUGAAGAGGUAUUGAAGUCUGUUGAUUCCCAAGUUCCUUCUCCAGUAUGAACUGAUGCAUCGGUCAGCGUGGACAAACGAGGGAUCGGUAGGGCUAUUCUAACAUGAUCUCUGGAGUGAAGAAGUCAUUCUGGCCGUCUGAAAGCAAACCUGAAGAUCUCAUCUAGUAUGAUAUUCCUUGUUCGUAAUUUGGAGGGCUUCUUUUAUUCAGAUGAAAUAAGCCCAUUUUACUGUCUUAGAAAUUUUAUUUUAUUUUACCUUUUGGUUACAUUGGAGGGUUUUGAGCUGGAUCUAGUUUACUCUUAC